AUGUCCGAAUCAGGGUUCUCGUCUUACGGGAUUGAUGUGACUUCAUCCGCUCAUAGCUUGACGGUGAUCGAAACUACAUUUGACAUGACCUUGCAAAUUAUGCACGGCUGCGACGAACCCACAACGGUAGCCAUGACUACUUGCGAAUACCCGCCCUCUACCAGCAGCAAAUGGCCCGAGGAGCGUCUCCGAUAUUACCGAAUAGAUGCUGGAGUUGGCUCUGGCUUUAUUUCCGAAAUCAAGGACUGUGCUCUGGACCAUGGUGAGGGCGGCCUCGAUUCAGUCGAUAUCCUUUCAUCUUUUCCGCCUCGUGUGUUAGAAAAUUACCUUAUAUGGAUGGAAACAUGGAGCGAGAACUGGCAGGAAAACCACGACCAGACUGGAGACUACUGGGGCAGCAUCUUUCGUACGGCAGAAGAAGAAGUGGCCUGGAAUGUGACCGGGUAUUUGCUCGCCUGGCGUAUUGCGAUGUGCCCCGAGGCGGGCGUGGUGGAAUAUUCCACGCGGCAGUCGCAGUAUUUGCUCGAACCAGGGGCAGAGUUGAGUGUCACGAUACAGUUCUUGAAAGAGCAGCUGCAUGUUUUGGAAAUGGGAAAUGGAUCAUAA